AUACAACCGCCAUCUCCAUUUCCCUGUUCCACUUAACCUGCUGUGUGUAAUCGUGUGAUCUUCCCCGCGCGGCUCUCUGCUCUGAGAAGCCCCGUCUAAACAGCUCCCGGAUCGCGGUUUCAUCCUACCUUAAUCACCGCUUGUCUCUUCACAUUAUUCCGUGACGACAAGCCAAUGUUCGUGCUACCGCCGACACCUCCUAGGCAUCCAGGCACCCCCGGAGCAGUGCUUUGGGGUAACGGAGUGCCAGGCACUCCACUCCCCAUUGUUGAGACGAACACCAUCAUUGCGUACCCUGAAGGCCCCGAUUGCCAAUUUUCAGUCGGUGAAGGUAUGUUCCGGGCGUGUUCAGCCGGCGUUGUGCGGUCUUGGGUGGAUCUCCUGUACCAAUAUUGGUCCGUCCGAUGCGAUAUUCGUGUCGCGCGCGGAGCAAAUAGGUUAGACUUCCAAUUUACCCUUACUGACCAUUUGGCCUCCGAAUUGGCGCAGGCACGUACAUAUUGAAGGAGGAUAUCUUCCUCGCCACGCCUCUGCCGCAUCCGACUGAGUCUCCAAUAACCAACCUUAAUCCUCUCAGCACAGCACCGCAGCCUACAGUUGCCGGUACUAAACUCUCUCUGGUUGCCAUCAAAUCAAAAGAUGCACCCUCACCUAUCUACCGUAGCCCCGGAAUGUCGCCGAGCAGGGAAAGUCAGUCUGGGUAUGACCCAAGAACUUCUGCGGACUCGCAUAGUGUGAAAACGGGCUCAGGAAGCAAUACAUCUCGUAACGGGGAUGGAGUAACCGUUGCUACAGAGAAGUUUGGAGGGGGGAAUGCGUCUUUGUCCGCAUCUAGCAAGGACACGGCCAAGAGAAAAAAGCCAAAGAACAAUAUUGCUAAAAACAAUUCAACCUUCGUCUCGAGAAUUGUUCCCCAUGAAAACCUCGCGAAACGGCUCGCAGAGAGAAACUCGGAAGAUUUGUUUGUUUUUGCAAACAUACACCGGGCGUUCCAUUGGUUGGAUAUGGGUUCCUCAGUUAAGGUUCAAACUUACCACUGCCGACUAUUUAUGUGCAAGAAUAAACAACUUAACACUUUUACAUCUUUUGUAGCAAGAACCUCUCUCGAAAAUUUUAUUCGCGAAAGCACAUCCACUUUGCCAUGAUGUCAACCUCCUCACUAAGAGCUCUGCUCACUUGGAUGUGAUUAUUGGUUUCUCGAGUGGGGACAUUGUGUGGUUCGAUCCAAUAUCAAACAAAUAUGCAAGGCUGAACAAGAAUGUAAAACUUGUGCCCCAAUUCUUCCCCGCAUAGCUAUAUAUCAUAGAUUCUUUGCGAUUCUCAUCUGUUUGUGGUAUUAAUGCUAAUGAGCCCCCUGCCAAUUCCAGGGCACGAUAAACUCACACGCAGUUGCAGAUAUCAAAUGGAUACCGGGGACUGAAAAUCUAUUUCUAGCCGCCCACCAGGAUGGAUCUUUGGUAGUAUACGACAAAGAGAAGGAGGAUGCGCCAUUCAUGCCUGAGGAUCCGCUGGAUGCCACUGAAAUGUCUGAGAAGACUGCUACAGGAUCUGAUACGGCAACUCUCUUGAGGUACUUUUCGGUGAGCAAGUCGGUGGAGUCAAAAAACCAACGAACCAAUCCUGUUUCGUAUUGGUCGGUCUCUAGAAGCGCCAUUACGGCCUUUGCCUUCUCUCCCGACUGCCAAUAUGUUGCUGUGGUGGCUGAAGAUCAAUGUUUACGGGUCAUUAAUAUCGUUAAGGAAAAGUGAGUGACCAUAUUCCGUGAGCGAUGCAGUUAUCUCGAUUGCGGGGCUACUUAAAGUACUUACUCAUUUCUUAGGCUUCUGGAUGUUUAUAGUAGCUACUAUGGCGGGCUGAUGUGUGUUUGUUGGUCCCCGGAUGGAAGAUAUGUUGUCACUGGUGGUCAGGACGACCUGGUAUCCAUAUGGUCGUUUCAUGAUCGGCGCAUCGUAGCCCGUUGUGAAGGGCACCAUUCAUGGGUAUCCAGUGUAGCCUUCGACCCUUGGCGUUGUGAUGAUCGUACCUACCGUUUUGGGAGUGUUGGGAACGAUUGUAGACUGUUGCUAUGGGACUUUAGCGUUGGAAUGCUUCACAAACCGAAGGCGGUACGGCCCGAGAAUCCCCUUCCCUAUCUCUUAUUUUUCCUGGCGUGUUUCCCUUCAUUUCCACCAUGCCACCCUGCUGAAAAGAAGGUUGCCGAUUUGCGAAGCUGCAACCGAUAACCAGGGUUACUAGUAUCAGAUGUUUUCAAGUAUGAUACAAGCAGGAUCUGUGGCUAAUUCAUCCCUUGGCUGGAUCUAGGCGGCCACACAACAGCGCGGGAGCAUGCCAACUCACAAUUACCAGUCUCAGAGUGGAAGAAUUCACGCAGAGAGCCUCUCGGGUAGGCUGCGGUCGAAUUCUAACAUCGCCUCCACCCAUGACGAGAGUUCGGACCAAGCAAUCGGUGUUCAUCCCGUAGAGGAACGUGCACGGACUGCCGUUCUACCGCCAAUCAUGGUAAGUCGAACCCUCCUUAUUGUUGUCGGGUGGAACGGUUUUUCCGGGAUCGUACUCGGCUGGAAAAACUAAGACUCCCUCUCUCUUUGCCCAAAAGGGUCCCACUGUUGGGAGGGGUUUUUUUUUUCUCAACCGGUGCCUUGAACUGAACUAACGGCAAGGCUGCAUAUGACGAAAAACAGUCAAAAGUCAUUGAUGCGGAGCAUCUCACCCAGCUAGUUUUUCGGGAAGACUCAAUCAUUACAACAUGCGUAGAUGGUACGUGCUCUCCUCCCAACAGCUUUUUUUUUUUUGGCUCCCGGUUCUUUUUUUUUUUUUCCUUCCCUCCAAAUCUCGAAAUACAAGUACUUUCCAAGGGGUUCCUGCCCUUGUUCCUGCCCUGGCCCUCUUUGUCGGACAUCACAUGGUAUCGUACGUAAAAAGAGAUCCCCCACGGCCUUCUGAUAUCUAGCUCUACCCGAGUAGAGCCAGCUCCUUAGUUUAGCUUUAUCCCCACUCUAGCACCACCGAUUUCCAUUGCUUGAUUGCUCUGCUCCUGGAACGAUUCAUGGGGCUAACUUCUUUUUUCUCUUCCCUAACCUCGCGCCGCGAGGGAGAGGAAAACCUCCGACGGUACGAUAGGCCACUUGAAGACGUGGAAUCGACCACAUGUAGAACAAACCCAGAAUGGUAGCGAGGUGACACUUUCGGCGGCAGGGAGUUGACGCGCUGUGGUAUAUACUGGUAUUGAUGGUAGUGAGUAUCGUGCGUUGCGAUUGAUUGAUUGAUUGGUUGGUUGGUUGAUAGACGGACUUCAUAGCCUACCUGGUGUUGUCAGUUAUCAAUCACAUUCGUUGAUUGCGAUACGGCGCUCGGCUCGUUUGUCUUGUUAUUGGUUUCGCUACUGUUCUUUUAGCCCAUUUUUUUUCUUUUCUUUCUUCGCGUGCUUGUGGGUCUUGUGUUUUUUUGUUCUCCGAUAUGGCACAUUUCCGCCUUAUUAUUUGCUACUGGUGUUUGCCUUUUUUUUCUUUCUGUUUGAUGGUGUCGACUACCGGCAUAAGCAUUAUGUUCUAUAAUAACAAGAAACUACCUGUGUGUGAACCACACAGGACCAGGUAGUGCCCACUUUAACACCUAGUUCUUAGAUGUUGGAGCUGUAGAGUGUGAUGUCUCAGCACUUGGUUGGUAACAUACAGGGUAUUUUCCUUGAGCAACAGGCAGUUGUAAGUACUGUAUUUGUUUUUGUGUAUUUCUUAUAGUAUAUAAAAUACUUGCAAUUCACUUGGGAUAACACAUGUUUAUACAGGGAGAUCAUCAUAUCUCACUCACUCAUCUUCUGUUAUUCGCUUAGGUUGCUACCUCAUCUUCUUCUACCACAUGUCAAUUGUUCCUGCCUAGUGUGAUUUCCAAUUUAACCAAAUUUUGCGGUAUAUUAGUAUAUAAUACCGGUAUUAUGGUACCCGCGUCGUCGGGUUUACGUCUCUGUUGGCGUAUUUGGCCGUAGGUGACAGAUGACAGUACUGUACUUACAAUCCCAAAUGAACGCUGUGUACAGUACCGGUACUGUACGGUACAAUGACCCUCGCAGUGAUGGGUCCUGAUCGCUCGUCAUGGAAUAACGGGGGUGACCACCGGUCACCGCCAGCACUGGUGGCGGGCGUCUGGAUAAGCUUGAGUCUGCAGUGCGUUGCAGUAUCAUAAUGGUGGGUAUACUGUACCUUUAUGCGCUGCAGUUUGUAUGGUAGCGUGCGUGCUCGGUUCUGCCUUUGUGUUUUUGGCCGUGCGAGCAGCACGCAGUGGGUUGGGGGCACCGUCGAAGGUUUUGGAAAAUCCCGGGAUGGACAAAUCUUUUUCUCUGUUUUUUUCUUAUAGGCUCUCGAGUACUGUACUAUGAUACCUUUAGUGUCGUAUAUUACCGAGUACGGUACUAGUGCCUAUCUAAAAUGGGAGGGUUCGGGUUGUAAGUCGGAAUUUCGGGUGGGGGCGGGGGUGUUUCUUCUUUUUUCCUCCUCCCCACCCCUCUUUGUCUGCUUCUUCCGUAUCCGACGACUGAUAGUCUAUGCGGAAGGAUCACCGUUGCAAUACCGGCAGAGUGCGGGUUCGAUACUGUACCGGUAUGAUACGCCCGCUCAGACCAUAUCAACUCACCAAUCGUACUCGAGUAGACGUGGAAAGAUUCGAGUACCGGUACUGUACGAGUACUACGGGUAUUUGUCGUGAGGCCGCAGGGGUUGUGGGUUGUGGAUUCCGGUUGUGGCUUGUGUGAGAGAGUGAAUUUCAACCGUUGGGCGAACAGGGGUGAAGCACUCACCCUUUCACCCUCUCCCAUUACGGCCCGUGGACUUGUUUUACCAGAGUGAUGGAUGAGCGUGGGGGUACUUGUGCUGUACUCGGGAACGGUAGGGAUUGCACUGUGUGGGUGCGAAAUAGGUAGGUGGAAGAGAAGGGAUCUUUGGAAACGCCCUUGCGAUUGCUUGCGCGGGCUGGAAACACCCAAAGUCGGGAUGAACGAGAUAUGUCGCCGAAAACCUGUGUGCAUCGGAGAGCUGAAAGGGGAGCCCUCGCCUGGAAAGAGGUGUAAAGGGACGGGAGGGAUUCCGAAUUGGUGGCGGUUUAUCGUGUGUCUUUGCGAUUGCGGACUGUGCCGGCCGAAAUUAUUGGAGAUCCUGAAGCUUGCUUUUAAUCUUGAAGAUAGAGUUAUGCAAACUGGAGUUGAGCCCGAUAUGGUUUAGAAUCAAGGAUGAACAUGUAAGCGGCAAACUAAAGAAAGAAUCCACAUCUAUAUACGGUAUGCCCUUUCUGUAUCACAUGCAAUCGCGGCAAGCUGUGAAAGGGAAAUAUCUAUAAGCCGUGCUAGUCGUAUGUAUGUGUCACAUGACCCACAGAUGUGUGUGGAAGUGUCACUGUCGGCUUCCGUAAUUUGGAUGGUGUGAUAGACCGAGCUGACACCUGUGCAAUUGAGUUGACCAUGCAAUGUGAUAUUAAAUCAGAUAAGAGAGUAGAAUUAUGCUGAUAAAGUUGACAGUAAAACACAGUGAGAGGGCAAGAGAAAAAGGGUGGAGAAACAAAGCUCCAAAACAACAACAAGGAAGGUGGUGAAAGUAGGUGGUAUAGGAUGGGUCUCUCAUGCUCUGUUCCUCCUCUCUCUGAGGAAGGCAAGGCCAUGCCUCCAGGCGAAAAAUUUCCACCUGCUAAGCCUCAUCCCAAACAGAAAAUUCUAUGGGUAAAAACCCACAAAACAUGACCAGAAAACCCCUAAAACCUUUAACCUGCCACACCGGUAUGGCAUAUGAUACGGGAUGUGGAAUCGUAUCAUUCAGCACUGGCGUCCGAAGGGAGUGGAAGAAUGCGAGGUUAUGGCGAUUGGGGUGUAGGCGGAAGCCCGAUGGAUGAGGGACGAUCUUCAUAUCGGUGCCCGAGCACGGUAGAGAGGUGAGCGAUCCGAUGGUUCCGUUGAGGGGGAAUAAGGUUUUGGUUAGAGGGGAUUAUAGGCCACUUAAAUUUAUC